AUGGCCGAGCCCCGAGGGGCCGCCAAGCCGGCCCCCAAGGCCUCCUUCGCACCGACCAAGCUGAGCCCGCGGAGCGCCCCGCAGCCCCGCCCCUCGAGAGUGGACGCCGGCAGCCUGAGCAGGUACCGGGGCAACGCCGCCGCCUCCAGGGAGCCCCCUUUCCUUGGCGCGCUGAUGCCCUCGGGAACAGGCUCGGCGCGCCGGCGGGGAGCGCGGCUGGAGCUGCUGGGGCUGCAGGGGGCGGCUCCCGCCGGGUGGUUGUCCGAGGAGCGCCUGGAGGAGCAGUCCCCGAGCGGGCCGAACGGACUGGGCGGUAGCGGGCUGUGCCUGGAGCCCCGGGAGCACGCGUGGAUACUGGCGGCCGCCGAAGGCCGCUUUGAGGCACUGCAGGAGCUGCUGGAGGCCGAGCCGGGGCUACUGCUGCGGGGAGACCCGAUCACGGGCUACUCGGUGCUGCACUGGCUGGCCAAGCACGGGCGCCACGAGGAACUCAUCCUAGUGCACGACUUCGCCCAGCGCCAGGGGCUGCGGCUCGACGUGAGCGCCCCGGGUAGCGGCGGCCUCACGCCCCUACACCUGGCGGCCCUGCAGGGCCACGAUAUGGUCAUCAAGGUGCUGGUGGGCGCCUUGGGAGCUGACCCCACGCGCCGCGACCACAGCGGCCACCGGGCCUGUCACUACCUGAGGCCCGACGCGCCCUGGAGCCUGCGGGAGCUGUCGGGGGCCGAGGACUGGGAGAGGGCAGGCGGCCGAGACGGGGAUCCUAACAACGCCAACAACAACAGCAGCAGCAGCGGCGCCGCCGCGUGGACGCUGAGACACGCCCCGAGUGCAGUGGGCGCGCAGGUCGUGGAGAAGACGGCCAGACCGGCGGUGGCGCCAGCCAAGGGGAAAGACUCCGUGGGCAGCCGGGUGGCGCAAAUUCAAGGCUUUCUCCGCCAUAUGUUCCCCUUCUUCCAGGACCGUUGA